GGACGGUGUCUACUCUGCUCUCCUCCAACCCGAGGAUCAUCCUGGGAAGAUGCCACCAAUCCUGAUUCUCCUGACCUUUCUUCUGACGCUUGGAGCUGGUGGAGAGGAGAUCAUCGGGGGACAUGAGGUCAAGCCCCACUCCCGCCCCUACAUGACAUUUAUUAGGUAUGUGGAUGCCAAUGGGACUAGGAAACGCUGCGGAGGCUUCCUGGUGAAAGACAAUUUCGUGCUGACAGCAGCUCACUGCCUGGGAAGCUCAAUGAAAGUCACUCUGGGGGCCCACAACAUCAAGGCAAAGGAGGACACCCAGCAGAUCAUCCCUGUGGCAAAAGCCAUCCCACACCCAGACUAUAAUCCUGUGGAUUGGUCCAAUGACAUCAUGCUCUUGAAGCUAGAGAUGAGGGCCAAGAGGACUAAUGCUGUGAGGCCACUCAGGCUGCCCAAGGCCAAUGCCCAGUUGAAGCCAGGGUAUGUGUGCCGCCUGCCUGGCUGGGGGAGAAAGUCUCUUCAUGCCCCUAAAGGAACGGAUCUCUUGCAAGAGGCAGAAUUAUCCGUACAGGAUGACCAGAAAUGCAAACACCUCUUCCGCCACUACAUCAAGACCAAACAGAUUUGUGCUGAUGACCCAAAGGAAAAACAGGCUGCUUUCAAGGGUGACUCUGGGGGACCCCUCGUGUGUGACAACAGAGCUUAUGGAGUUUUAGCCUAUGGAAAAACCAAGAGCAUCGCUCCAGGAAUCUUCACGAAGGUUGUGUCCUUCCUCCCAUGGAUAAGAAGCAGCAUGAAGUCCUUCUAACAGGUGGUA